CGCGGGGUCCGCAGCGCGGGGCACAUCAUGCCGCACUCUUGCCCCCGAGUGAUCCCUGAGAAUGCGACUGCCGUGGCUGGAUAAAAUGAGCUCCAUCCAGGACUGGGGUGAAGAGGUAGAGGAAGGCGCUGUUUACCACGUCACCCUCAAGAGAGUUCAGAUUCAGCAGGCUGCCAAUAAGGGGGCUCGGUGGCUGGGGGUCGAAGGGGACCAGCUGCCGCCGGGACACACAGUCAGUCAGUAUGAGACCUGCAAGGUCAGGAGCAUCAAGGCCGGCACGUUGGAGAAGCUGGUGGAGAACCUGCUGACGGCAUUUGGAAACAACGACUUCACCUACAUCAGCAUCUUCCUGUCAACGUACAGAGGCUUUGCCUCUGCCAAGGAAGUGCUGGACCUGCUGCUGGAGCGGUAUGGAGACCUGGCAGACCCUCGCUGGGAGGAGGAUGGAUGUCGGUCCCCAGAGUCCAAGGCCAUCAUCAGGAAUGCCAUUGCGUCCAUCCUGAGGGCCUGGCUUGACCAGUGUGCCGAGGACUUCUGGGAGCCCCCUCACUUCCCCUGCCUACACAGGCUGCUGGCCUAUCUCCAGCAGACCAUGCCAGGCUCGGACCCAGAACGGAGAGCGCACAAUCUUCUGGAACAAUUUCAGAAGCAGGAAGUGGAGACUGACAAUGGGCCUCCCUCCACCCCGCCUUUCAGCCUGGAGCAAGACGGGGGGCUUGAGGCCGGAGGGCCAGCAGAAUUCAUGCGCUUUCCCGAGGACCUGGUGGCUGAGCAGCUGACCUACAUGGAUGCGCAACUGUUCAAGAAGGUUGUGCCCCACCACUGCCUGGGCUGCGUCUGGUCACGCCGGGACAGGAAGGGCAACAAGCACUCGGCACCCACGAUCCGAGCCACCAUCUGUCAGUUCAACGCCCUCACCAGGUGUGUGGUCAGCACCGUGCUGGGUGGCAGGGAGCUCAAGAGCCAGCAGAGGGCCAAGGCCAUCGACAAGUGGAUCGGGGUUGCUCAUGAAUGUCGCAUCCUCAAGAACUUCUCCUCCCUGCGGGCCAUUGUGUCGGCUCUGCAAUCCAACGCCAUCUACCGGCUGAAGAAGACAUGGGCUACAGUCCCCAAGGAUCGCGUGCUGAUGCUUGAGGAGCUGUCGGACAUCUUCUCGGACCAGAACAACCACCUGACCAGCCGGGAGCUGCUGAUGAAGGAGGGAACCUCCAAGUUUGCCAACCUGGACAGCAGCGUCAAGGAAAACCAGAAGCGAAGCCAGCGGCGCCUGCGGCUCCAAAAGGACAUGGGCAUGAUGCAGGGGACUGUCCCCUAUCUGGGCACCUUUCUGACUGACCUCACCAUGCUGGACACAGCCCUGCAGGACUACAUCGAGGGCGGCCUGAUCAACUUCGAGAAGAGGAGAAGGGAGUUUGAAGUGAUCGCCCAGAUCAAGCUGCUGCAGUCGGCCUGCAACAGCUAUGGCAUGAGCCCAGACCCCAGCUUCAUCCGCUGGUUCCAAGGGCAGCGGCUGCUCACGGAGGAGGAGAGCUAUGCCCUCUCCUGCGAGGUUGAAGCAGCGCCCGAGGCCAGCACCACCUCGCCCAAGCCGCGGAAGAGCAUGGUGAAGAGGCUGAGUCUGCUGUUUCUGGGACUGGAUGUGGCCCCUGGAAGUCCUCCCACCAAAGAGCAGCCCAAGUCUGCAGCCAGCGGCAGCUCUGGAGAGAGCAUGGACUCCAGCAGCGUGUCCUCGUGCGAGUCGAACCCCUCAGAGGCCGAGGAGGGCUCCCUCACUCCCGUGGGCACACCCGAUGAGCCUCAGAAGAAGCUGUCCCAGUCAUCUUCAUGUUCCUCCGUCCACUUCAUGGACACCAACUCCUCAGGGAUCUCUCCUUCAGCCAACCCCCUGUCCUCGCCUGCGUCCUCCAGCAGCAACCUUCGAGCCCACCAGCGCUCCGUCUCGGCCACAUCCAUGCCCUGGACGGGGCUGCCACCUGUUUACAACCAGCAGCAGGAGGACAGCUGUAUCGUUCGUGUCAGCGUGGAGGACGGCAGUGGCAACAUGUACAAGAGCAUCGUGCUGACGAGCCAGGAUAAGACACCCACAGUGAUCGAGAGAGCCAUGCUGAAGCACAACUUGGGCUCGGAGCCGGCUGAGGACUACGAGCUGGUGCAGCUCAUCGCCGAGGACAGAGAGCUCGUGAUCCCUGACUCCGCCAACGUCUUCUACGCCAUGAACACCCAAGUGAACUUCGACUUCAUCCUGCGCAAGAAGAACGCCACGGACAAGCAGGUGCCACUGCGCAGCCGGCCCAGCCUCACGCUGCCCAGGACAGCCAAGCGGGGCUGCUGGGGCAGCAGACACAGCAAGGUCACCCUGUGAGGCCCGUGGCGGACAUGUCCCCAUGAGGUCCACGACGGGUGUCAUAGGAGACCAGGAACCCAAGCUUCACUUUGGAGCCCGCGUGGGCGUCGGCCAGGUGAACAGCUGUGUGUGUACGUGCAC